AUGUCCCAGUCCUCUGAUUCUGAAUUUGAUGAGCCAAUAGGGCUUGAUGAGGAAGAUUUCGACCUAAAGGAAGCGGAAGAGGAUUAUGUUCAUGGAGAGUUUGAUGGAUUUCCUGACGAAUCUGAUUCCAAGAAUAAUUCAAAUCAAAGUGCGGUCCAUGAAUGGGAUACAGACGUUGCCGAGCACCAGGGGGACGUGAAUUUGGACGAGUUGCAUCGAUUGAAAGAGCUUUAUAAAAGGCAAAAGGAAGAAAAGGUGGAUGAAGAAGAAGAAUUUCUUAAUUCUCUGGGCGCUGAUAACGAGUUGCAAACUCUACGUAAUGUCACUGAAGUCCUGAGGGAGUUUGAGCAAACAAAUGAGCUUCAGAAGGAUGAACAUGAGGAUAUACAACCUUCUGAAGGUAAGGAUAUCGUUGAUUUCUAAUAUUUGGUUUUAACCUUUUGCUGCCAUAAUAAUGUUUAUGAAGAUUACAUGAUGUUAAUUUUUUUGACAAUUGAGUGGGUUCUCCCGGGAAAUGGGGGAUUAUUUAAAAUACAAACUCAACCCCUGAAGCGCCUUUUUGAAUCAAGUCUCCAUCCAAAAUGUUUAAAAAACGCUUUGUUUGAAUUAUAAUUUGAUUCUUUAGGGCGUGUGAGACCACAACGUUUUUUGGCUGUGCUCAGAAGACAGGUGCAGAAUAUUGAACUUGAGGGGAGCGACAAAGAACUUGAUCAGGAAGGAGCUGGCAGUGAUCGAGAAGAAGAAGUUGGGGAUAAAGAUGAGUAUAACGAAGAGAAAUCUUCUCAAGAACUUGAGCUAGAUGAUUCAGCAUUGGAUAAGGAUGAGGAUAGUCAAGAUAAAGUGGAGCAAGAAGGAGAGUAUGAUCGGGAUUGUGAGGAUAGCGAUAAAAGUGAAGAUAAGAAGUCGGAUCAAGAUUAUGAAAGACAACUGGCAGAGGCGUUGGGAGGAAAAACCGAGAUCAGUAAGUACUUUGCACUACAAUUCGACCAUGUUAUGUAAAUCGAAUGUGGGAGAUGGUUUAUAAACUUUUUUUCUCAAUCCAGUCAAAUGCGGCAAAUUCAGUCCAUAGUUCCACGGUUUGAACUUAAUUUGUCUUUUUUGAGUUGAUUGAAACAGAAUUUAUAAAUCCUGUAUACGAUUAUGCUGACCCCUUUCAGAGAGACAUGUUCGCAUUUCAAGGGAAGUGCAACGUUUAAUGUUCUCAAACCCUGGAGCGGCAAUAGUCGACCAAUUUCAGUACUCAAGGUCAACUAGAGCUCAGAGAAAGGCAUCAUGUAAGUUUAAUAUAUUUAAUAUGAAGCGUCAAUAUAGAAUUUGAUUAUUUUGUUGCAACUCCCCAAUUUGCUCUUAAUUUGAAGUUUUACUAGACCAGCGCCUUAAUCGUCCAUUUUCAUCUCCAAUUUUGCCGUUAUUUUUCCUCCUUAGACGGGAAGCUUCCUUUUUUGUUUAUCUUGAUCUCUCCCAUGGUUGGGCUUGAAAGCAAUCACCAUUGCUAUUACAUUUAUGUCUAUAGUGUACUAACUAGAUAUAUGAAAUUAAUAAAUCGUUUUUUAGCUAAUCGACCAGAAGACUCUACUCCCGCGUCAUCACCUCAAAAAGAAAAGAAACUGUACGUAAUUGUAUAAAACCUUUUUUUGAUUUUGUGUUCAUGGAUCUAAUUUAUUGUUAUUUUAGUCGUCCAAGAGCCCCGAAGAAGUCAAAAGAAAAGGAGGGAUAUUCUUACGACUCGUCGGGCCGUUUACUUUAUAAGGGGACGAUAAUAGGAGAUCAAUGUGAUUGUAUAAGACCAGAUUGUGGCGGAUGUUUCUUCCCCUGUCCAGUCUGUGAUUCCCCCAGAUGUGGCCCCAUUUGUCGUUCUCAGAGAUCUUCUCUUAUAUAUUGUACUGCCCUGAUUGAAGCCCCCAAAGAGCCUCAAAUUACUAGGUUCAAUCCUCUGAGGAAUCCUCGAGAUUUGAAUAUUUGA